AUGCAUGAGAGAUCAAGCACCCAUGAACGUUCAUCCACGAAACAUCCCGUAUCACAGGAAAUUGCUACUACUGUGGACGUCUACGUGGAAGACAAUAAUCAUCGCUGCAAUGAAUUUUUGAUCGCUAAGGGACGUCGACCUGUGUCUCAUUUACCAAAGGCCAAGGAAAUGAUCAAUCGCUCUGCUGUCAUCGUUGGUGAUGAUGUAGAUGUCUAG